GCCGGCGUUCAGAGGGCGUCACGCGCCGCCCUGGCAGCAGCGGGCAGCGGCUUGGCGGCUGCGCUGCUGCUGCUGCAUUUGCGUGUCGAGUGUUAGCCCUGCUGGAUGGCCUGCCGAGCGCCGAGCUCGGCUUAGCCUGGCCGCUCUGCUCUAGGCCCACCCGGAUAAUGCCCACAACGGCCGGCGCCGCCGGCCCCUCUGCGUUGCGGCUGACAUGCUGGCGAGCUCGUCCUGGGGCCAGGUGGUGAGCGGCCUGUUCAACUCGGUGUUCAGCCUGGGGCUGGUCGCCUGCAUCGUGAGCCACUACAGGAUGGGCGCCCGGUCGUGGAGUGAGCGGCGCAGUCGGCCGGCGCCCCACGACCCGCAGCCCUACCAGCACGUGCUCCUUCCGCCCGUGCAGUCGGCGCUGUACUCGUCGGCGAGCGCGGCGGAGCGCCAGCGGGCCGCCCUGGCCGCGGCGCGCGACGCCCAAGUGCGCGCGGCGUCGGUGCGCGCCGACCUGGCGCUCGAGCUGCCGCCGACGGUGGCGCUGCCCGAGGAGCACCCGCUGGCCGGCAGCGUGCGGCUUCGCGACGCCGACCAGGAGCAGGAGCUGUACGGCGCGUGCGUGCGCGCGCCGCCCAACCGGACGGUGCGCGAUGGGAGCCCGCCGUGCGGCGGCGGCCGGCUGCGGCGCGUCGUCGUGCGCUCCAACUCGGUGACCCCCUGCAACCGGACUGCGCGCUGGCAUAGCCCGGACUGCCAGCGGCCCGGGGGCGUUUGACCCCGCGCCCCGCGCUAUCUGUCUUUCAAUGGGCCAUGUGAUACGCUUCAGUGCCUGCCCCCCCUCGGGCCGCCGCGGCCCGCCCCCCUCUUUGUACAAACACGCCGGAGGGAAGAAGAACAAAGUAAACGUGACGAAGGCAUUGCCAGCGCCUGCCCAGGGGACUGACCCUGGGGUCCGCAUCCAUGGUACAAAUGUCUUCACAAUUAACUCUCAAGCAUUCCUAGUCAUGUUGUUGCUUCUGCUGCGAAUAGUGCAAGUCUUAGACGAAACCAAAUGGGCAAGAGGACCGCUGCUGAUGGGACUCUUCUUCGCAAGUGUGUGCGCAGGUUUCUCGCCCGCUGGUGCCCAGAGCCAAUUGCGUCGAGUGUCUUACUUGCAUCAAGAAGCCUGUGUACAAAGGCCCACUCAUUCUUUAGCGCAAUUGGAUGCACGUGCUAGUAAAACACACAACUUUUAACCCAACAUUUUUCGUUUGUCUUUCACAUGUAUGUUCAGUAACUUAGGGACAAAAAAUAAUAAACUCAGUAGUGUACAAAUUUUUUAGAAUGCACACAUAUACUCAUGCCUUAAGUAUUGUUUACAAGAUUGGCCGUAAAUAUGUGUUUUACCCAUAAAGGAGACAUACAGCUGUCGCCACUGAUGUUAUAAACAAAUUAAGUACCGACAAGCUUAGCCAACUUUGUUGUAACCCUUGGAAAAGCUCAAACAGGGCCAUUGGACUUUUGAGCAAUAGUUUCAACCGUUGCUAUUAUUUUGUGUGUUCAUUUCUUGUGCUGUACUGUGUCCAGAGCAGUUAGUGCUUAUAGUUUUGUUUUGAAACAGCCUUGAAGAAUAUCAGCACGAAUUAUGAUGCUGUUUGCUGAUGCGCUACCAGUUGAGUUUGCCAGCAACUGACUCAUUGAAGGAAAACUGUUAGUCACUAGGGUGAUGGCCUCCCCUGCGAUAGAGCAUUUGUGAAGAUAUUUUUCCAUGAUCAUUCGCGCUUGGUUCCUGCAAAGCUCAGUAGGAAAGAGUGGACAGACUGAGGGGCAGUUGUUGCGCAUGCAACAGAUGUGUAUAUAUUGUCCAAUGCCUAUUACUUGUAGAGUUCACCAUGUCAUCAUGACUGUCUAUAUUCAUCAUUAAAAAUAACUACUGCUGUACUUGUUCAUGAAAUUCAUAACUCCAAGCACAUUAUUGAGUGGCUGCAAAGUAUUCCCUCAUUUCAGCAGUCUGUGCUACCGUCUUGGUUAAAGAUAUAUUUCUCAUUUAUGGUUCCCAUGCUGAGUUGUACAGACAUGAAAUUGCAAUCCCUGGCCUUGUGGGCUACGGUUCUCGCUGAGAGGUGCAGAAAGAAUUGUGGCUCGUGCAGCUACUGUGGCCCGCUGCUCUAGUGGCUGGCUGUCUCUUAAAAAGCUCUGUCUGGAGAAAAGUUGUCGUAGUCGUUGCAAAGGCAGAAUAAAAGACUGCAUGAAUCCCAGUGUUUGGGUUGAGUUAAACCAGUGAUUGUUGUCGAGGUUAGUUGGGGCUCUAUGCAAGUCGCUCCCAGCUUGCAGAAUGGACAUCUUCUAUGGAUAGCACUUCUGUCUGCUCGGAUGCCAAUGCAAAACUCGAUUUUCGUGCACCGUAGACAGACCACUUGUGAGGAAAAAUAAACUGCCUUCUGCAGAUCGUGUUCCUAACAAAACGAGCGUGGUAUAUUUUGUAGCAUAUGUGUGUAUUCUACAGACUAUGCCCGCAUCCGUAAAUUACGAUGCCUGUUCUUGUAGCAACAGAUGUAGCAAAAUGAAGCAUGAUUGACAGCACACUGAGGACUUCUGCUGGACUAAUUGAUGCUGCUGGUGCAGUGGCUGCUAUGCAACAUUUUGUUUUCUUGUUGACGCCACUAUGUGUUCAAAUUAGGGUGGCAACUGUGUUUCGUUGUGCUGACACAGUUUUGAAAUGCAAAACAUGAACUUUGCUUUUCAUACCUCACUAGUCAUACGUGUCAACUUAGGUGUAUACUGUGGUGUCGUGGCACAAUAAAACUGGGCAUGGGAGUCAGGAUUAUGGUUCGGUUCCCCAGCGCUGCCCUGUCAGAACAGCUGCGCGUUUGCGACACGCGACCCAUUCGACAAGGCAGCCAAUGAAGCGACCCCGGGCAUUUUCUUCUUUUUUUUUAUGCCCGCUCUGGUAGCACCGCGCUGAUCUGAUUUUAUAUCCCCGUCUAAAUCUUCGAGUUGUAAGCAAGAACUUAACUAAUGUAGAUGUAUCUGCAUACACCGAUUUCAGAAAUCGUGAGUUGCGUUUACGUCUUGGUCAUCAAUUCGAAGCGUUUAAACGCACUGGGAUAACGAAGGAAAUUUUCAUCAGGUACAGCUGGGUGUAGUCGGCUUGCCCAGGGAUGGGUAGGGCUAUAUAUAUUUUUCCGAUGCCAAUGGUAAAUCACUUCUGGUAAACGGAAAGCAGGGUUCAAGAUCUCCAUCCGUUUACUAUGAGUGACUUUUGAAGACGGUGUGUUUACUGCACAGAAGUCUCUCGUCUGUCAAAGGCCAGACGCUUCCUCGAACGGGCAUAAUCCUGUCGACCAUUUGCUUGAGGUGUGCGCGAAAACACGGUACAGUCGCCAGCGCAUUGUCGCAUUGAAUAAGGUUCAGGUAUUUCAGUGCGAACAUUUUCACUGCAUCAGUGAAAGUAUUUCUGCGCUGUCAGUCCUUAACAGAUUGCCGAAUUCGUCGCUACAGCGACCGCGCUGUCGUCUUGUGUCAUGCACUAUACUUUCCCUGGAUAAAGAUUCGUGAAGGGCAUCGAAAAUGGGACCCGUUAAGAAAAACCUUCAAAAUUCCCGAAAGUAGUCGUUGUAUAUUCCUGUUUUUAUUGUUUUGCUUUUUUUGGUAGGCCGAACCGCUGUUCUGAGCGAUGCGGAGCGGGCGAGUUAGUAGCUUGAGACUGUGUCCUGACGAUCCGCAGUCUGUCGCCGCGUCUGUUGUGGAGGUCGAAAAGCAAGGUUGCAGGGACACAUUGCCGGACGCACGUGAACACUAGCCCUUGCGGCUGGUGCUUCAAAGAGCGCGCGCGAAGAGGUGCUUGUACAACUGUGUGACUGAUGUAUCCCUUGCAUAAGGGACCUGCAGUUGGUUUAAAUAAACGGAUAAACAUACGGCUUUUUUUUUCGAA